AUGUCUGACAUAGAAAAUGAAGAACAAAGUGUAGCUGAAGUGGAAGAAGUUGAAAGUUUGAAAGAAAUUGAGGAUAAUGAAAAUACUCUUGUCCAAAGUUUGAAAAUUGAAACUGUACCUAAUGAUGCAAGCAUGGAAACAGGAAGUGAAUCAGAUGAGGUAAUCGAAGCAAAAAAAGUACCAUCAACAUUGGAAGAUCAGCAAAGUGCUCAAAGUUUUAUUGAAUCAACAACAAAUAAUGCAGAAUCAUCAGAGCAAGAAGGAAAUGAUAUGGGAAAGGAAGAUAUUGACCAAACUGAGCAAGAAGUUGAGACUGAGCUUCUAAAUCAAAAAGAUAUUAAUAAAAGCAUACCAUCUGAUGGAACAAAAGCAAAAGGAUGGCAGCCAACAGAAUUAAUGGUAGAUGGCUUUGAAGAUCAAGCAACUGAAGACAGAACUGAAGACCAGGUACCAGAUAUAACAGGAACUGAUAAUGCCGAUGUAAUGGUCACUUCAAUGGAUGGAAUUGAAGAACUGCCAAUAAGCGAAGAGCAAGGUGCGGAAACAUUAGCUUCUAUGGAACAAGAAAUUGAAACAGUAAUUGAAUCUGGAACUGAAGAUAUGAAAACUUCUCCAGCUACAGAAGUAGAAGCACCAUCAUUAGACGACACAGAAGUUGUAGAGUAUGAAGAAUUUAUCGAAAUCAGUGAAACUCCGUCAAAACAUCAAAAUGUGUCAUCAGAACUUGCAGAAGAAGAGGUGCAAGAAUUAGGUCAAACUGAAAUAGAAAUACAGCAGUUUGGAAUUGCAUCAGAAUCUAACAAGAACCUCGAAAAUUUGACAAUAGACAGAGCUCAAGAAGAGUUUGACGAUGAAUCUCUAUCAGCAAAAGGAAAGGAAAAAAUAGAAAAUGAAUUCGGUAAACAGAUCCCGACAAAACAUUAUGAUGCUGGAGAUUCCAUCAAGGAUACUGAAUUCGAAGAAGCAUUACCUGUAGGAACGAAUGCAAUCAGUGACGACAAUAUUUCAAAUUUGUUAGCUAAUAAUUCAGUGACGAUCCCAAAAGAGAAUGAGCAAUCGGAAGGUUUAGAAAUAUUGGGCAAUUCCAAUUUCUCAAGUUUGGAAUUGGAUGCUGGUAAUAUAGUGCCGUUGGCUAUGUCGUCACCAAUGUCCACUGAAUUGAAGUACUAUAAUGAUGAAGGACCACCGCUUAAACAAAACAUAACUAAUGAAGAAGAGACCAAUCAAGAAAAUAUACCAAGAAAAAUAUCGGUGGUAGAGAAUGAAAUUUCUGCAGACCAGAAAGUAUCUUCAAGAAAGACUUCAGCUGCAGAAGAAAGAGUUUCAUCCCGAAAGGUAUCUGAUGCUAUCGAGGAUAUUGCUGAGAAGGAAGUGCCAUCAAGAAAAACUUCGAAAACGAAAAACAGUGAGAUCCAGUCUAGUAAAUCAUCUGUACCUGAGGAAGACAACGAACCAUUCAGAAAAGCUUCAGGAGAAAUACUGCUGUCUCGAAAAGGUUCUUUUGAAUCGGAUGAAAAAGUUGCACUAAGACAAACUUCAAUGAUGAAGUCUGAAAAAUAUGAAGAAACAUUGAAUAACUCACCAAGAUCACUGUCGCUUGCAUCAGAAUCUGUGGAAAUCGAAAAAACAACAGAAUCUACGUUUGCGUUUCAAUGA